UUUCGCUCUCAACACCACGAUUCUUCUGCUACCAGAGACACAGACAUCAACACCAUCUCUCACAAGACUCAUGUGCCCUUUUGGCAGCAUGACCCUCCAGGCUUCGGUAUCGCUGGUAAUCUGGCACGUGCCGUUUCUCUCAGCAUAGUAUUCUCGCCAUUUCUUGCCUGCGUGUCCUUUGUCUUUUGCCGAUCUGCUAUAAUAUCUGGAGAAUCGUACCCCAGCGCAUGCAUCACAUCAUCCCAGGGUCUCCGAUCCAAGCAUUCCGCCCUGCAUAUCAACUUUCUCCCGCAACCUAUCCUCCCUCCUCCCUCUCGCUCUUUAUCCUUGCCGCCUCUUCCUAUCGCGCCCCUUCAUUUCUCCAAUGUCCCUUCUCUAGCUGUAUAUUUCAACCAUGUCAGAACCUAUACCCAUCCCUCACUCCAAAACCGAGAGCGCCCUGGAUGAGAUGACCUCCAACGAUGUCGCCGGUAGUGCUGGUUCCGAUCUCACAGGCUCCCUGACAGGUGCUUUGACACCGGGCUACCAAUCGGGCUAUCAAUCCUCCAGUCCUGGGAGUCCAUAUCUCCUCUCCAGAAAUCCCUCCUACAUUGGCAGCCAGUCGUUACAGGAAGAUUGGGAGGUGCCCCUCGACAAGCUCACUUUUUUCGACAUCUUCGACAACCUCGCUUUACCGGCCAAGCUCGAAAAAUGGCAGGCGACCUUACAGGCUCAGAAAGAGAAGCUGGCGCGUCAGCAGGAGAGGAUAAGGAGCUCGGGCAACAAUGCGAAAGACCGCGCCGUGGCUGAAUGGCGCAAACGAGUUCCCCCGGCAGACGAACAACUGGCCAAGUACCGAUCGCGCAUGAAGAAGUCGGUGGAUGAUCUAAACAAGAGAUGGAACGAAGUUGUUACAAUAUCGAUCCGCGAAAAGGUCUCCUUCAUCUCCGCCGUCCUCAACGUCUUCAUAAGUGGCUACCUGAUUGGAGCUGUGCCUCAAUACUUCUACUGGUGGUACACCAUACAACUCAUCUACUUCAUGCCCAUACGAGCGUACACCUACCACCGCAAGGGCUACCACUACUUCCUAGCAGAUCUGUGUUAUUUUGUCAACUUCCUGCUCCUCUGCACCAUCUGGGCGUUUCCCCGCUCAAAGCGUCUCUUGAUCAGCGCCUACUGUCUUGCCUACGGCAACAACGCCGUCGCAAUCGUCAUGUGGAGAAACUCCCUAGUAUUCCAUUCCCUGGACAAAGUCACCAGCCUUUUCAUACACGUCAUGCCUCCAGUGGCAUUACACUGCAUCGUCCAUCUCACUCCAGACGAGUACUUGCGCCAACGCUUUCCAGCCGUGCAUACCAUCAAAUACAGCGCAAAGGGUUCGCCCGGCCACUAUGAACUCGCCGCAAUGCUACUGUGGGCUACCAUUCCCUACGCGGUCUGGCAGUUGUCCUACCACUUCUUCAUCUCUGUCCGGCGCGCUGAGAAAAUUGCAGCUGGCAGACCCACAUCAUUCACUUGGCUACGCCGUUCAUACGCGAAGACGUGGAUCGGGAAGUUGGUCAACUCGCUACCAGACUACCUCCAAGAGCCGGCCUUUAUGGUGAUCCAAUACCUGUAUGCCUGUCUCACGAUAAUACCGUGUCCUAUCUGGUUCUGGUACCGAUGGCCUAGCGCAUUGUUCUUGUUGUUCGUUUUCAGCUGGUCCGUGUGGAACGGGGCGAAUUACUACAUGGACAUUUUUGGGAAGCGAUUCCAGAAAGAGCUGGAGCAAAUGAAGCGCGACGUGGCCAAGUGGCAGAAUUCGCCGGGAGCGAUGUUCAGUCCACCCAACGGGCCCGUGGACUCGGAUGUAAAUCUGAGCAUGACAAAGGACGAUUCGAGCAAAAGACAUGACAAAAGGCAAUCGAUCGAUAAAAUUCCGUUGCUGGAUGAGACCGGGCAACCACAGCAGGACGGAAAUGCAAACGACAGUCCGAAUUUGGAAGCUAGUGCAAGGGCAACGGGUGCCGAGAUUCUAAACGAGGCGAACGGCAACGUUUUGGAUAGGAAGAAUGUCUCCGCGCCGCUUACGGGAGCGACGAUGUGAGAUGCCUUGGUAGCGAAAGAGAAGGAGAGGGUCUACCUCGCAAGAUUAGGCGAGCUAGUACAAGACUGCGAACAAACACAAUGUUUGCAUUUCACCAAAUGUGGCAGAUUGAGGAGCCAGUGCGCGAAGGAAUUCUGCAAUUGGAUUAGCCGGCUCAGGAUUUGUUGGAAUGCUCUCGCGCGUCGACAACACAACCCGCGUUGUGACCUGCGGCCCACUGAAAACGAUUGGAGUGAGGCACAAGCACGAAAGGACGGUAUCUCGACACGGGCAAGCAAGUUUUCUGGUGUUUCGGAGCUGACGAGACCGUCUGGAGUUUUGGUGGUGGAAUUGUAUUGAUUGUUCUAAUUCUACCCUUGUAGAUAGCUGAUACCCUUCCGUUGUGCUUGAUGAAAUGCUUUCAUUGCCCGAGACUCGAUGUAUUUCGAAGUCGAGAAAAUACCCAGGACUGAGCUGU